CAAUUUCGCAUUCGUAGACGACCAACAUACAUACAAAAUGUAUCUCUCAUUGUUAAUAACAUUUAUGUGCUUUGCCGGUGAAGUAUUCUCAAGCAGUCUUUUUUCCCCGUGCAAAAAGAGCGACUUACCUUGCAUAGAGACCACGGUGAAUAAUGCAUUACCGAAAAUAUUUGAUGGAAUUCCAGAACUUGGAAUUCUAAAAUCAGACCCUCAAUUCAUUGCUGUUAUUGACGCAGAUCUAUCUGCUUUAAAAUAUACGUUUUACAACAGUACUAUCUAUGGAUAUAAAAAUUGUGAAGUGUCAAAUCUAAUAAUCAAUGAUGACCUAACAAGAAUAAGCGGGAGAGCGGUCUGCCCCUCACUUCAUAUGAAUGGAGUAUAUGACAUGAAGGGAGUCCUUAUCACAUUACCUAUAGAAGGAAAUGGCAAUUACACGUUCGAAGGAGUAAGUUUCCAGUUAGACUUUGACAUUAAAUUGGAUAAAAUAAAAGGCAGUGAAGGAAAAACACAUUUCUUUAUUAGAAAGAUUACGUACAAACCCAAAGCGCUUACUCCAAUUCAAUUUAACUUCCAAAACUUAUUCAACGGCAACGAAGAUUUGGCGGCGGUCGUUAAGAAAUUUGCUAAAGAGAAUUGGCUAGAUAUCACUUUGCUUCUUCAAGACCCAACCUGGGAAGUUUCUAUAGACCUGUUGAAAACAGCUGUGAACAAAUAUCUAGCAACUUUUGCGAUUGAUGAUACUAUUUUGAACUAA